AGUACAUCCCACCUCGACCUCGAUUUCCAGACACGCGCCCGGUGCGCGCGAAUGAUGCGAAGAUAGACAAUUCUUGCAAGAAUCCGCCAUACAAAAGAAAGGCCAACAUAUACCCGCCAGAGCUGGAUCGGCUCAAGAUGACAGACACUAAUACAGCAAACCUCUGCGAGCAGAUCAUCACGAGAGAGUUUGGGCCACUGACUGCGAAAGCUGCCGCGGUACUGCUACAUCGAGGCCGUCUCCCGCUAGCUCAAAUCAUCCGCUUCUCAGGACUGAGGCCUCGGACGGCGCGCACGUGCGUCAUUGUGCUCGUGCAGCACAAUGUGCUUUGGCAUGCGCAGACCGAUACCGAUGGCGAGGUGCUCGAAUUCAACACAGACGAGUGUCUCAUGAGGCUAAGAUACGGACGCUACGCCUGGCAGGCGGAGCAGUUGUUCGGGAAAGUGGGAGCGGAGAUUGUUCAGCUAAUUCUGGAUAAUGGCAAGCUUCGUCGUCCAGAUGUCAUUUCGCGGCUGUCUAUAUACGACCCAGUCAAAGCGCACUCCCUAUACUCUCAGGCCUUUCACAAGUUGGUCGAAGCAUCCUACCUCAAGCCUUCCACCGUACUAUCACACCAAUCUCCGAGAGACAAGCGCAUACAAUACGGAGCGGAAGAGAAGGCGAAAUUAUCUGGCUUUCCUACUGCGAAGGAGCUACGCCAGGCAAAAGAGGUGGCAGAAGCGCGACUACGCAGAGAGGAGGAGGAAGCGGAAAAAAUUGGAACGAAACGCAAAGCGAGAGAGCAGAGGAGCCACAGGCUCAAGAAACGGAAGACGACCGAGGAAGAUGUAGUCGAUGACGACGUGUAUUUCCGUAUAAACUGUGAAAGGUUCAACAUCCACGUCCGGAACAAGAUUAUCGAGGACGCCGUGAGGGAACGUUACAACGAUUCGGCGGCCUUAGUCAUGCGCGCUGCGUUAAAGUCGACCGAAGCAAAGCAGCUGAAGUUAACAGACGUCCGUUCAGACCCAACAUCUCUGGCAAAUAUCGCCACGCAUAUCUCGGAAGACGAGGAUCUUUCAAUUGGUCUUGCUAUUGGCAAGAGGCCAUCGCAGAUGGCCAUGCUGAAGGAUUACUGCGGUAUCCUUGCUGCCGCAGACAAUCCGACGCCGGCCGGAAAAGCUGCUUCGUUCGUGUCGCUGAAUGGAUCGAAAGUCCAGGUCGAAUUCGAAAUCAUAGACAACCGUCUGCGGCGACGAAUCCUUGAGGCUGUUACUCGUGAACGCUACGGAGACGAUGGCGUGAGGAUCAUUAGCUUGCUACUCAGUACCGGCAAACUGGAUGAGAAGCAGAUAUCCAAAACUGGCAUGAUGGCGCCAAAAGAUGUCCGACCGCUAUUGUCUGCCAUGGCCGCUGACUCGUUGAUCAGCCUUCAGGAGGUCCCGAAAAGUGCUGAUCGAAAUCCUGCACGAACGUUCUUUCUCUGGUACGUGGACCUGCAAAAAGCGUACACCGUCCUCGUGGGAAGUCUGUACAAGACGUUAUACAAUGUCAUAACAAGACGGAAAUCGGAACAGGAAGAACCACUGUUGAAGGCGGUGCUGGAGAAGCGGCAGCGGACUGAUGUUAUGCAGGACGAGGAGCGACUAUUGACUCGCAGCGAGCGGGAACUUCUGGCGCAGUGGGAGAAGAAGCGAGAGAAACUUACGGUGCUCGAAAUGAGGGUGGAAGAAUCAGUGUUUAUUCUAAGGGACAUGGGUUGUUUCAGCGCUGAGGACGAGUGAUCAUUGACCUUCCACUGUGCACUUGCCAAGCGAUCCAGGCCUAUUACAUAAGCCAGCGACCCGAGACAAUGGCGCAAGAAGACGGAGAAAUAGAGUUCAUUCAACAAACGC